AAAUACUGCCCGAAAUUUUAAUUCCGCAUCUGGGCAGGCAACACAAAAUACACAAUUAAAUCAAGGACAAAUUGUUGAGGUGUGCUCAUAAUUCGAAAUCAACUAUGUACACAAUUGUAAUAACCAAUAAAUAUGGGUUAUUAUAAAUUAUAAAAUUAUAAAUUGUGGAGGUGUAAAUGUGGGGAAAAUUUUAAUGAUUACAAAAUGUGGCAGUUAUUGCAAUUGGGUCACCUUAUUUUAUCGUGUCCUUGAUGUGGACCAUCUGCUAGUCCUUGUCAAAUUUCGACCAAUCAAAACUCAUCCCUCUCAUAAUGGGCCUAUCUGAUUGGUUGAUGGUCAACCGUCACAGCCGUUACGAUUCUUUAAUCAUUUUUCGUUUUUCAGCUGGUCGUACUCGCGUUUUCAAUGUUAUUUUUUGUUGUUUAUUUAUUAUCUUAGUGUUUUUUAUUGUUAAAAUGUCGUUUUCCAAAGCAAAAAUCCAAAGAUUUAAUGACGUUAAAGACUGUACCCCAUCGCCGGCAACAUACAAUGUUUCCUUGCAAGAAAAAAUCAAACUCGGUUUAAUUUCGAAAACAGGAACGUACUCAAAAAUUGGGAGCCCCCCACGUUCAGAGUCGGGUUCAGUUCAUAGCACACCUUGUUUCCAAACGCCUACUUUGCCCUUGAAGAAAAAGAAGUUUUUAUCAUUUAAAAGCGCAAAAACCAGUAAUCAGCAAGAGGAAUUGAGGGAAAAAAUAGUCGAAUGUAAUAACAAAGAUCUGUAUAUUAGAGAUUUAAUCGAACAAAUUGAGGAAAUGACAGGCAAAGUGAAUAAUUUAGAACAGGAAAAUUUGCGGUUAGUAGAGGAAAAAACCGGGUGUGAGGGGGCCUUGUCUGAAUUAAAACAACAAUACAAGGGGGACAAUUUUAAACGUGCCAAAGAAUACGACGGAAUAAGUACCGAUCUUAAAAAUAUAAACAAAAUGCUGCGUCAAGUUCGCCAAGAACAUGAAGAACUGAAAUGUCAAAAUUUGGUGGAGUUGAGCAAGUUGCUGGGCAAUAUUGAGAAGUUUCAGGAAUUGUACAAUAAAACCGUAACGCACAGUCGUGAAGAAGUUGAAGCACUGGUGAAGAAACUUGAAGAUAGUCAAAGUAAAGUCGCACUACUAAAACAGGAGUUGGAACAGAACAAUGAAAAGUUGCGUGAAGAACACAGUAAAGAAGUCGAAACGUUGCUGGCUCAACACCAGGAAGAAACUCAAAUAUUGUUGAAGAAACUCGAAGAUAGCCAAGCUAAAAUUGCACUACUUGAAGAGGACUCGGAACAGAAAAAUGAAAAGUUGCGUGAAGAACACAAUAAAGAAGUCGAAACAUUGCUUGGUCAACACCAGGAAGAACUUCAAACACUGUUGAAGAAACUCGAAGAUAGUCAAACUAAACUCGCGCUGCUUGAAGAGGAGUUGGAACAGAACAAUCAAAAAUUGUGUGAAGAACACACGGAGGAGACACAGGCCCUGUUGAAGAAACUUGAAGAAAGCGAAGCUAAAGUCACUCUUCUUGAAGAAAACUUCAAAGACGUGAAAUGUCUAACUGAGCUUCAAAUGUCCGACAAGAUCAAAGAAAUUGAAGAUAACUGGAAGGAAAAACUUGAAGAAAAGCAAAAGGAACAUGAAGCGAUUUUGAAAGAGUGUCAAGCUAUUAGUGAGUAUACCAUCAUCCAAAGUGAAGUUGAGAAGAACCAAGUGAAGAACUUGCUUGAAGCAAAAGGAGAAUCCUACCGGGAGUUGGUAAAGAAAUUUGAAAUUUUGGAGGAAGAAGUUGGCAUUUUGAAAUGCGAGAAACACAAAUACGAACUUUCUAUUAGCACAUUCAGGGAUACUAUUGAGGUUUUGAAGAAACGUUUGUUUAAUUCGGAUCGGGAUGUCGAGCAGUUGAAGGAAGAAUUAGAAAAGUGUGAAGAAAGGGUUUUGAUGUAUGAGAAAAAAAUAUCCGAGAUGACCAACCAAUUGAAUGAAAUUCAAACCGCGAAUGAAGAAUUAGAAAUGCAGUACGAGUCCACGUCUAAACUUAUGCAAAAUCAGGUCCAAACCAUCGAAAAAAAUCUUCUAUCAAAAGUGGAAACUUUUCAAAAUGAAGCCAGGCAAGUAAUGAAAGACAAAGAAUUGUUGAAUGACGUUUUGGCGCAACACCACGAACAACAAAAGUUGCUAGUUAAAGCAAAUUCGCUUAUUUACGAUUUGGGAAACAGACAAGCCGAGUUGGAGGAAGAAAUUCGCUCCUCCAAACUCACAUUGAAGGAAGAAAUGGAAGAAGCAGCCGAGAUUAGGAAGAAAUACAUCGAGAAAAGUGGAAAAUACGACGAGCUGGCCCAACAAUUUGAACAACUCCUCCAGGAGUUGGACAAAGCCAAAGAACGGAUCCAGGAGUUGGAGAAGUUGAUUGGGCCAUACCAGGAACAGCUCGAAGCGUACCAAAACGAACUUCUUCUGCUCACUAAUGAAAAAGACACCAUUGAGAAUGAAGCCAAAGAGCUGAGUUUGAAGUACACCGAAAUUUUAGGCCAUCAGAAUCACAAACAGAAGAUUAGACAUGUCGCCGAUUUAAAAAUGAAGAAUUUGGAGUUGUCGAAGAAGUACAUGGAUCUCGAAGGAAAAAAUUUUAAGCUUAAUAAAUUGGUGGACAAGUUGAUGCGGGAAAUUGACGACUUGAAGCCAGGGAAGAAGUAUAAGAUGAUUGAGGAUAAGGAGAAUUUGGGUAGUCCUAAGAGCUUAAAAGGGACUCAUAGUCCGGGACCUCUCAAGGAUAAAAAUUAGGUUGAAAUCAAGAACGCACACUUUUAUUGGUUUCUAAAGACCACUCAAAUGUGGAUAUUUUUACAUCAAUCGACGCGUCUUGAGAUAAGAAAUUAUUGUUACCAUUGCGUCAAAACGAUAACUUUAUACAGCGGUUAUUUGCAAAACAAAAUUAAAAUGCUGCCAUUUACUUUGCUUUAGACCAUCUCAAAGCGAGAUCUACCUCUCUCUUUCCAGCUAAUGCAAAGUAAAUGGCAGCAUUUUAAUAUUGUUUUACAAAUAACCGCUGUAUUUAUAAAGUUAUCGUUUUGGCGCAAUGGUAACAAUAAUUUCUUAUCUCAAGACGCGUCGAUUGAUGUAAAAAUAUCCACAUUUGAGUGGUCUUUAGAAACUCAUAAAGUGUGCGUUUUCCUUUAUGAUUGAUUGUGUUCUUUCUAAGAAAAAAGGCUGACUAGUAUUUAAAAGAAUUGUAGAUUUUUAACUUUGUUUAGUCGUAGCUGCGAUUCUUAGAAUCAAAAGGUUUUAUGUAUGUCAAUGACUAAGUACAAAAUAUUUAUGAUGAA